AGGUAAAGACCAAAUCAGUUUGGUCUACAUGGGUCCAUAUCCGGCCUACUCGACAUUGACUAAGGUGUUACUCUAAAACAUUGGGAGAAACUAAAUAUUCGAGAACGAAGCAGCUUUGGUGUCUCUGAGAGAAGUCACUCGACGGAAGCUGUAAUAUCCAAGUAUUCGGCAACAAGAUGAAUUGGGCUCACGCUUUCCUCGUUUCCCUCUCAAUGGUUUCAUUGGCUUUCGGGUCAACAAUAAAAGAGAAAACUUUUGAAGGAUGCUUCAUGAAGCCUUACCGCAGCCAGGGCAGAUCGGAGUUCAUCUUCGACAACACCAAUGACAAGUGUGUGGACUAUUGCCAAGGAGAGGGGUUCAUCCUGGCGGCCACUCACGGGGCAUGGUGCCACUGUACGCAAGCCUUGCCCAAGCAGAUGCUAGCUCUCAAGGGGGCGCUAAAUGCUACGGGGCCCGGUACAGCUUGUGGUAAGGUCUGCCCCGGUACAUACAAAGCCAGAUUCAAGGAUAGCACGUGUUCCGGAGACGAGUGUUGUGGCGGCACAUACCAGGAGCAGGGUGGGAAGAAGUGGAGAGCAUUCAGCGUCUAUGCAGUGAGUGGCAUUCCUGUUGUCAACCAGGUCAAGAAGAGAGUGAAGAACAACAUUGACGGCUACAGGCUACUUUGGAAAAUAUUUGACGAGUGCGCAGCGUUUGAGAGGAUUCCGCAGAGUAAUUUCCUUGGGUCGCCCCCGCGUCAUCUGACAGCCAGCAGUGACCGCCGGUGUCGAUCGUAUUGUGACCGCGAGGUCGAAUUCCCGUGUGUCGCCUAUAGCUACAAGCCCAUAUAUUACUCAGGACAGCGAUAUGAUGGCGAGUGUCAGCUCUUCCGUUAUAUCACAACAACACAGGAAUCAACAAACAGAACGCUCUACAUUAGGAGGUGCUUCAGAGGCAAGAUAGGGGCGGCCCCUGUCCCAACGUAUCUCCUUGAUGCACAUUUCGUAAAUCAGCAACUGAAGGGUUACUUGGUUACUGCGUCCAAGAACCACCCCAAGGUGGCCGUGUGCCACCCUGAAGACAGCUUCAAGCAUGUCUACAACGACACGGCCACCGUAGCCUGCAGGGAGCUAGGGUUCCUCUUCGGCUGGUACCUGCCUGCCGCGAAACCGACGAUUCCAAGUGACUUCGUUGACUACAACGUCUACUGUGACAAAACCACCAGCCACCUCUCUGAGUGUAUCUUCCACAAAGUUCCAACUUGUAAACAUGGAGUUGUGAAGCUUCAGUGCAGCACUCUCGGUGUGGGUGUGACGAACAAGAUCCUGGACCUGUUUCUGGAGAACUAUCAGCGCAUGAUUGAGCAUAAUCCACCAACUCACAUUAAGCCAAUUGACAACACCAUUGAACAAGACAACACGGGAUCUGCUCAACGCCAGUCACGAUCCAUCACCAAGACAACAACAAUAUCAGAGAGAGCAGAGCUCAAUCAGGAGACAGGGUUCCAUGAGAUUGAAGAAACCAGUUCCUCACACGAGCAGGAAAGAUCUUCAGAAACCGCGUUUCAGUCAUCAUUUUCAAUCAAGAACACCAUAACUGCGGAAGCCUCGUGGGAGGGUUUAUUCUCUAAGGGCGGCAUGUCCACUUCCUUGUCCACGGGAUUAACAACGACAGUGAGCAGCAGCUUCAGCGACACCACGAUAACUGGCGAGACGAAUACGAAGGAGAAGACACGCAUGUUUGAAAAGGGUUACAGUAAGUCACUCUCUAACGACACCAUCGUCUCCUACCGGUAUGACUUGGAUGUUCCUGCUUUCCACAAAGGAAUCAUCGCUUUCUAUGAAGAGACUUACCCGCUCAUACUGAUGUGGAGAGCCGUCUUCAAACUCAAUGGGUUCAUCAAGCUUCGUCUCGGCCCCUUGGAGAAGGACUGGCACGUCUCGCGCUUACUGACCCAAGGUCAACGCAUCUUCUUCACCAUGAACAAACUGAAUACCGAGCGCAAGAAGAUCGUAGCCAAGAUCCGCAUCAAGGACCACAACGGGAAGACUGUCUCUUUAAGCGAGGACAUUGUAGGCUGCACGGCUGUCCAAUGCACCAGCUGGUACGGACGGUGCACCGAGCGUCUCUGCGCCAAGAUGUUUCCCUGCGCACCGCCAUCUGUUGACGAGUGUCUUGUGGAACAUGAGUGCUUAAGAACUCCCGAGGACUUGAUUGAGGAGUAUGAUUAUGACUGGAACGAAGGGGACAGCGAUGGCGGGGAAGACUUGUUUGACAGUCUGUCGUUUUAGACAAAAAGACAGGUCAUCAAACAGGUUGUGACAGAUAGGACUAGUGUAUGAAUACGUGAGGUCAGCCAGCUUAAAUGAAGUUUUCACCAACAAAUAAGAGGGGCUAAUCUACAAAGGAGUGAGCCAAAUGAAUAGGACAUUAUUAGCACAAUAAACAAUAUCUGGUGAUUGUAAUGUAAAAAAGUGUCUCAACGAAAGUGGUGCUACGUGUUUGCCUCUUUACCACAAGGGGUGCCAUAUACUUUCCGAGUGUGUAUUAUGAUAGAUAACAAUAACGGCUAAAAUGUACCCCAUGAAUGUACCCGCAGAAUUAUCCAAGUCUUGUCCGCCAUUGCUCCAUUUAUGAGUAGGCCUGCUCUAGGAGUAUAUUUUCUGAAACAAUGGUUUGCUCAAAAAGCACACAUCUA